AUGAUUUUUGACUCAAAGAUUCUAACAAAAGACUCGGUGACAGUCUCGGUGGAUGCGGUUAUUUACUACAAAGUUUUCGAUGCAAUGAUCUCGGUGGCUAAUGUGGAGAAUGCACACCACUCAACCCGCCUUUUGGCUCAAACCACCCUGCGCAAUGUCCUCGGCACGAAACGACUCUCUGAGAUCCUCUCGGAGAGAGAUGUUAUCAGCUCCUCGAUGCAGGUAAAGUUGUAA